AUGGCCGGCAAUGCAGGUUCAGUCGCCGUGGUCUUGGCUCUUUUUGCCACGUCAAUUCUAGCGACAGUACCGCAACCUCUCACAUUCACUCACCGCGGGGCCGCAUCCGUGUUGCCGUUGCUGCUUGAUGCGACUCUGACAGAUCUUUCUCUCGGGCUUGAAAGCGGCGCAUUCACCAGUGCGGAUCUCGUUCAAGCUUACGUCGCCCGGAUCGAGGAAACAAAUCACCGCCUGCAUGCCGUCACAGAAAUUAACCCUGAUGCUCUCAGUAUCGCCGUAUCCCUCGAUAUAGCCCGACAAAAUGGAGAUGUCCUCGGUCCCUUGCACGGGAUACCCGUCCUUAUCAAGAACAACAUCGCCACGGCAGACAAAAUGAACACCACCGCCGGAUCGUAUGCACUCCUAGGCGCAACAGUACCGUAUGAUAGUACUGUUGCUGCAAAGCUCCGUGAAGCAGGUGUAAUCAUCCUAGGAAAGUCCAACUUGAGCCAGUGGUCAGAGGCAAGGAGUCAAAAUUCGAGCAGUGGAUGGUCUGCGCAUGGUGGGCAGACUGAAGCUGCUUACUAUCCGGGUCAGGAUCCUUGCGGAUCUUCAGCGGGAAGUGGCGUCGCAACUUCUCUUGGGUUAGCGUGGGCCACACUGGGUACGGAGACUGCGGGUUCGAUACAGUGCCCGGCCUGCUUCAACAAUGUCGUUGGAAUCAAGCCCACUGUGGGACUCACCUCGCGACAUCUUGUGAUCCCGAUUUCCGAACACCAAGAUACCGUGGGACCACUGGCGCGGACCGUGAAGGACGCAGCUUUUCUACUCAGUGCUAUUGUGGGCAAGGACACUUUGGACAAUUACACCUCUGCUAUUCCUUUUGGUACCAAUGGGUUCCCCGAUUACGUUUCGGCAUGCCAGCUCGCGGCUCUCAAAGGCAAGCGCAUUGGGGUCACUCGCGGGCUCAUCGACUUCUCCGAGUUUGGCAUACCUGAAGCAGUCGCCGAGCCCCUGAUAGCCGCCUUCAACGAUUCUCUGGCCGUCAUUCGCUCCGCUGGUGCAGAAGUUAUCGACGACAUUUUCCUUCCCGGCUGGAAAUCAUAUGUGGAGGGCCAAUACAUGUCGAGCGUCCUUCGUGCGGACCUUCUCACAGACAUCGCGAGAUAUCUCUCUCACCUUGAUUCAAACCCAAAUAAUAUCUCCUCACUGCAGGAUGUCUGGAACUUCACUCGUCAUUUUCCAGAGGAGGAGUACCCAGCCCGCGACACCUACGUAUUUGAUCUUGCACUUGAGAGCGGCUUGAACAACACCCAUCCUGACGUUUGGUUUAACCGUACAUACGGUAUGCAAUUGAUCGGAAACCUGGGAAUUCUAGGCGCGAUGAAGAACCACUCGCUGGAUGCCAUUGUGCUGCCCACAUAUUUCGCGGAGUACCCACCAGCAAUGCUGGGUACUCCAGCGGUGACUGUUCCAAUGUGCCGGUAUCCGGACGACAUGCCGAUCAUAAAGAAUAAUUUUGGUAAUCUUGUCGAGAUUGGGCCAAACGUGCCUUUCGGCAUCAGCUUCUUAGGGGAGAGUUUCUCCGAAGAGAAGCUCAUAGGCAUGGCGUACGCAUUCGAACAAAGGACGAUGGUCAGACAAAAGGUCCGUCCGUACAUGUACCCUAAAUCGGAAAUCAGGGAUUUCGUCCACGCCACUGUGGAAUCGGAUGAGUUGGAAGCUGAGAGGCGGGGUCGACAUGCAUUACAGCCUGUCAUUGCGUCACACAGUGGCCUGUAUGGCAAUAUGAAGGUCGCGAAGAUCAUCAGCCAAGGAAAACAGUUGAACGAGUCAUAUAGGGCUGAAGUGGAUAUUGUCAAGCCCAAUCGGGCGGACGACCCAGCAUUAUGGACAUCUUGA